AUAUCAUUUUGUUGUUACAGUGGCUUUUAAAGAUGAACAGAUCAUUUUCGGAGGGUGAAAACCUCGCUCGACCGAAGUACGGUUGCGCUUGUAGACUGAGAAAUCCAUCUUCGACUCCGGAAAGUUGCAAUCGCAGAGUUUUCCCGAGUCUCACGGAAGUUCGUCUGCGAGAAUCUGGGCUAGCUAAUUUAUCAGAUUCCGAAGAGAGCAGAGAGAAUCUAAGCGAGCUAGAACUGCAGAAAAAGUACACGGCGUUCGCGUUGUGUCUUUCUAUAGACAGAUUGACCCUACCGCGAAGGAUAGCGAUGUCGUGUCGGCAACGCGAUCAAUCCGAGAGAAAUCUCUCCUGCGAAGUGCGGAAGAUGCAGCAGGACAUUCAGGAACUCGCGCCACUAUGCACGGACAGGGAAUCCGCGGAGCGGGUGGAGCGGGUCAGGCAUCAAUUGGACAUGAUUGUGCGAUGUGCGCACUGGGUAUCCUGCGCGGCCGAGACCUUAGGCGCCGUGCACCAGGAGCGUAGGGUUUCCCGGGCCGUUCAGCUGGCCGACAAGUAUGUCCAUGCGUUGCAGUCCCAGUGCGAGAAGCUGACCGCCAACGUCGCCGAGACUAAACGGUUCCUGGCAGAUAACAACAUAGCGAUGGAGGAGAACUUUGGCGAGCUCAACGAUGAACAUUCUCGCAUCAGCAGGAACAGUAUACUCGCCAAUAAUCGUAUGAAAGAAGCUAAUAGGAGAAGAGCCAGCGUGGCCACGAUGUCUCGGCCGAUGGGCAGUAUGCAGGAUGUGACAAAGGAGAUCGUGAGACAGCGAAAUUCCGUUUCCGGACGCAUGACUCUCAGGAGACCGUCCUUCAGCUCUGAAUGCCCGAAGGAAAUUGAAAAACUGAAUCAUACCGAAACUUCCAACAAUAUCGGCGAAUUACGGGGUAUCUUCGAGCAGACCGAGUCUCGUCGUAGCUCGAGAGAAGAAAAUAACGACGUGCUACGACUGAGUCAUUCCAACAAUAGCCAAAGUGCAAUAAAUUGUGGAAUAAUCGAGAACGAGGUUUGGACGAACGGAAAGGAGAUCUCUCCCGAGCUUUCCGACAACGAAAAUAUUAAUUCUGAUCGUAAAUCAAUCACAAGAUCGUCUUUCCAAGUAAAAAGACGAAGAAGAAGAAGACAAUUAUCAAUAUGGCAUAUAAUGUUGACGAGUAUUCUUAUUUUCUGCCUCAUUCUCUACGUGAUUCAAGCGUUGUCGAUAGUAAGCACUUGCCACGAAUCGUUGAACGAAUGGUUGAUCAGAGGCGUUUUCGAUAGAUACCGUCAAAUGAGGAGCACGGCGCCUCAUCCGAUGUGAUUUCAUUGAUGUUCGCGCGGUCUGGUUAGCUGUACCAGUAAAAUAAGUAGCAAGACUAAGUGUACACUGUAACGUAUGUCAAUUAAUAGAAAGGCUGAAUAAAUUAAUAAUUGCAGUAGUUCGUUUCGCGCCUUGUCUAACGAGGUCGCGCCGCAGCCGCGAGUGCCGGGAUUGUUUUCGAUUCCCUCCUGCAAUUGCGUUUGUAUCAUGUCUUCGGAAAUGACAAAUUAUGCAAAUUCUCUUGCAUUGCCGUGCGAAAUAAAUUUAAUUUCUCUUUCGUCGAUUAUUAAUGUUUAACGCUACGAUAAAACUCAUAUUUUCGUUCAGUGUAUCAAUAAAUGUUGUUGAUCAAUA